AUGACGGAAGAUCUCGUAAAAAGGCUCGCGAUCCCGAAGAAACAAUGUCAUGUUCCGGUGGGGGUUCUCAAUACUUUGACUACGGUUGCAAAACAUAUCGUCACGGCUACUAUUCGUUCUAAACACGACAACUAUCAACGCACACUAACAUUCUUAACGAUACCAAAAAUUGCAUCUUUGAUCCCUGAUCAACCGAUUGACCGUUCGAACAUUCAAAUUCCGAAGAAUAUCAAGUUAGCAGAUCCAGAAUUUCACCGUCCGGCGCCGAUUGAUUUGUUACUCAGCUCUGGAACUGCAUUGUCGCUAAUCAGCGUUGGACAGAUUAAUCUCUCUCCUCCUAAUGGACUCAAUCUGUAUCUGCAGAAAACGAGAUUCGGGUGGGUCAUCGGGGGGAGUCCGCCGAAAACUUCGAAACCGCGAAUCGUUUCUUGCAACGCGACUACCGCGCUGCAGCUCGACCUCGCUCGGUUUUGGGAGAUCGAAGAGGGUCCUCAAGUCCAACUCCUCUCCGAAUCGGAUAAAUUCUGCGAAAAACAUUUUCAACAGCAUGUUACAAGGAAUAGUGACGGUCGAUACGUAGUUGCAUUGCCUUUUAAUGACGAACUAUUGCGGCUCGGGGAAUCUAGAGCAAGAGCAUUAAAACGCCUGGAAUCUCUUGAACGAAAGCUGCAACGAGAUAACACAUUAAAAAGGGAGUAUCAUGCGGUUAUGCAGGAGUACCUUGACCUCGGACAUAUGGCCAAGGUUAGCAACAAUCUGCAUUCAUCCGAUGGAUACUACCUACCGCAUCAUGGAGUCGUGAAAGUAACUAGCGAGACCACUAAACUUCGGGUGGUGUUCGACGCUUCCGCGGCUACUAGCACGGGCAUUUCUUUGAACGACGCGUUGCACACAGGGCCAAAGAUACAAGAAGAUUUGCUAUACAUUCUUCUACGAUUUCGUAUUCAUCGAUACGUAAUAACCGGUGAUAUCGAGAAGAUGUAUAGGCAGUUUCUCGUACGCGACGAGCAUCAAAAAUAUCAACGCGUUUUGUGGCGUGACGCGAGCGGCGAAAUUCAAACAUAUGAAUUAAAAACGGUUACUUUCGGACUUUCCGCGGCUCCGUACUUGGCAAUUCGCUGCCUAACACAAUUGGCCCAAGACGAGGGACACCGGUUUCCUCGUGCUGCGCAGAUCUUGUGUCGGGAUUUUUACGUAGACGACCUGUUAACCGGGGCAUCCACGAUACAAGAUGCAGCAUCAUUACGGGAAGAUCUGACACAAUUACUAAAAUUAGCUUCCCUCAAUAUACGCCAGUGGGCUUCCAACCACGAGGAUCUUCUGCGAGACCUUCCGGAAGAGGCGAUCAAUAAGAGGAUUCGCAUCGGAGAACCGUCUACAUUAAAAACAUUGGGCAUAAUUUGGGAUUCUGCAAAUGACUCCAUAUCGUAUGAGGUCAAAACGCAGAUCUCAAAUUUACACGUAACUAAGCGAUUUAUCACAUCGGAAAUCGCCAAAAUUUACGAUCCCCUAGGUCUCCUUGGACCGGUUAUCAUCGUUGCGAAGAUGUUACUUCAAAAGAUCUGGACCAUCAAGGUGGACUGGGAUGAGUCUUUACCAAUGGACAUCCACACUGAAUGGAAACAAUUUCAGAUGCAGCUUCCUCUUUUGAACAACACCGUCUUUCGGAGAAGAACCGUGAUCGAUGCACCAACUAAGAUCGAAUUACAUGGUUUUUGCGACGCAAGCGAGAGAGCCUAUGGAGCCUGUGUCUACCUUAGAUCAACGGACAAGCAUGGCCACACCAACUUGGAACUUUUAUUAGCUAAGUCUAAGGUGGCACCUUUGAAGACACAGAGCAUUCCAAGACUCGAGCUUUGCGGAGCCCUACUCUUAACGAAGUUACACGAUAUUAUCAAAAAGGCUUUGCACAUUAAAAUCCAUCGUAGCAUCUUUUGGACCGAUUCAACAAUUGUUCUCCACUGGUUGCGAACAUCUCCGCACACAUUAAAGACAUUCGUCGCAAACCGGGUUUCGGAAAUCCAGGUGCGAACGAAUGUAAGGGAUUGGCGUCACGUUCCGACGGCAGACAACCCGGCAGACCUCAUUUCGCGGGGACAAUAUCCCGAAGAGUUUUUGCAACCCUCCAUCUGGCAUCACGGGCCAGGAUGGCUCGAAGAAGAGGAAAUUUCGUGGCCUACGAGGGAUUUGACGCCGUGUAGCAUCAUUCCGGAACAAAAGACUGCGAUUUGCUUAACGACAACACCUUUGGAUAACAGCAUCCUCGAUAAAUACUCUUCGUGGGAGAAGAUGCGAAGGAUUGUCGCAUGGUGCCUCCGGUGGAAAAAGGAUAACAACUACAAAGGUCCCUUGACGCCGAUAGAAUUGAAGUAUGCUCAGGACAGCAUUAUUAAACUGUUACAACGGAUGCAUUUUUCCAAGGAAUUACGCUGUUUAUCAUCAAAAACCAACGUCGAAAUCGCGGGAAAAUUGCAGCGAUUGGCUCCAUUCAUAGACAAGGAUGGUAUUAUCCGGACGCCGUUUCUGGCCUAUAGACGGUCGCAACCAGGUAUGGAAGGCGUUGCGCACUUGUACCCGUUGUCUCCGAGCUCGACCGCCAGACACUAA